CCGGUUGUUUACGAAAAAUUUUGAUAAAAUACAUAUUUAACUUUGAGUACCAGUGUUGUGAUAUAUUUCAAAUUUCUCAAAUUUGAGGUGAAAUUAAUUACUGUGUCAUGAAAUUGCAGCAGUUUACAAACUCGAGACAUCGAAAUGUAUUCGCUCAUUCAGACAUAACCUUCAAAAUAUGAAAAUUACGAUUCAACCGAAAAUUGUCAGUAUGAUAUUAUUUUCUUCAUUUAAAAAUAAUUCAAGUUUUGAUGCAUCAUGAAUGACUUUGGAGGAAAAAGUUUCACUCGGCCGAAAGUGCGUUUUUCAAAAUCGGCCGAAUCACCGGAGCAAAUGAGCGAGACUAGGGCAUUUCAUAAACCUAAAAUAAUAAGUGUUACGACAUUAGAGCCCCGAAUAAAAAUUCUGAAAGCACCGUUAGCAAAUAAAGAUUUUGGAUGGAAUUCUAGUCCAGAAGGAAUUUCUCCGAGACGUUCAGCCGGUGACUCUCUCAAUGAUCAAUGUUCACGUCUUCCACAAACAAAAUUUGUCUCCAGUCCCGAUGGAGAGGAAAUUCUCCCUUAUCCAGAAAAUGCUAGCAGUAAAAAAGAAGUUGCAUUAGAUGCCAAAAUCUCUAAAAAAAAGCUGUCAAACACUAAUCAGCCUUCCAAGACUCUGAAGGGCAUUUUAGUUGAAAAAAAACCAUUAUCAACGAAAACUGUGCAUUCCUCAUUGAAAAAAUUGCCAAAGUCAGUUGCCUCUCUCCCUGAGACAGUUUCGAAAUCAUCCGAGGACAACAAGAAGAUUGUGACAAAUGCAUCUCGACCUAAGUCUUCCAGUUCGGACAAAGAGAAUAUUCUGUCGAGAGAAAGCAGCAAAACUGUGACUAUCAAGGUUCCUCACAACACCCCAAGAACUGAUAGUUCAACAGGAACAGCCAGAAGUACAGCCACACAAAAUAGUCGAUCCUCUAACAAACCUGCACAACCAGUGACUAAAACAAAUAUAGGAGUAAAUACAACUUCAAAAUCCUCGACAAAAGUUAGAGGAAAAAUUGGAGAAACAAUUCCAGUGAAAAAAAGUAUCAAUGUACAGAAAAAGCCACCAGUAACGUUGAUGGCCUGCAUGAAAUUUGGUAAAAUUGGGAAUAAUAAAGCCCCUAUAAAAAAGACUAUAGUGAGAGACACUCUGGCUAAACGCUCUGAAGUGUACGUGGGCCCUGGAUUUCCAAGAUCGAAAACACCAGAUUUAUUGACUCAUUCCAAGGGAGGAAAUAAGAAUUAUUCUCGUGCAGAAAUUCAUUCAGCUGAUAAACUUGCUCGUCCUGAGUACAAUUCCAUAACAUGUACAAUGAGACAAUUGCAAGAAGCUCGGAAGGAAAAAAUUGUUCCGGACAUUGAUCGCUUACCGGCAUUUUAUCGGAGGCUCAUCAAUGGAAAGGUAUCGAGUGCACUGGAUUUCGGUGCGAACGAAGCAAUUUAUCGGGACCUGAUAGAUCUGAGUGUUGAUGAAAAACAAUUGCCAACUAGAUUAACCCGGAGUAAAGAUCCUGAACCUCGUCAACGAGACGUAACGCCAAAGUUAUCGGAUUUCUUCGUACCAACGAACGAGGACGAGUUUCGGAGAGCGGUUCUUCCGAGACCGCCGAGUCCUCGCGUAUUCGACACUUGGAAUCCUUAUAAAAUAAGCGAUCGCAUAUUUUCGUGGAAGGAAAGUCUCGACCGAGAGUUCUGAUGAGAAGAUUCAACUC